ACCUAAUGACGAAGUCUUUUCUAAUGUUUUUUUCUCUGUCGUAUGGUGUAUUCCUCGCAUGAAAGUCCUUCCCGUCAACGCGGCUAAUAACCUGGAAUCGCUUCUGCAGAGCAGGCCAGAUUUCGUCUGUCAGUGAGCUAGAGAAGGAGGUGAUGGACUGUUUGCGUUGCCUGUGUUUUACAGGCAAAAGGAGAAGGCCGGGGUCGGUCUCUUCACUGCCUCCUCCACCCCCCCCUCCGUCGCUGCCCCCGCCACCAUCGUCGCCGCCGCAUCCGUCGCCCCUGCCUCUGUCUCCACCGCAUCCAACGCCCCUGCCUCUGUCUCAGCCGCUGCCGCCCCCCCUGCCGCCGCCGCCACCCCUGCCACCACCUCCGCCUCCACCUCUGCCUCCCUCAUCAAGAAACAAUUACGAAGUUUUCUUGAGUUUUAGAGGUCCCGAUACUCGCCAGGGAUUUGCAGAUUGCCUCUACAGCAGCCUGAUUAAUGCAAGGAUCAUUGUCUUUAGAGACGAUAAUGAACUUGAUCCUGGAGAUAAUAUCCCUGAUGCAUUGGUUCAAUCCAUAAAGCAAUCCAAGAUAUCAAUACCUAUUAUCUCCAAGAAUUAUGCAUCCAGUAAGAGUUGUCUCAUGGAAUUGGCCCAAAUGGUGGAAUGCAACGAAGCAGACGCUCAAAUGAUCGUGCCCAUUUUCUAUGAUAUUGACCCCGCUGAUUUAAAAUACCAACGUGGAUGUGUUGGGGAGUCCUUCAGCAAGCACGAGCGCCGUGGAAUUGACCGCGAGGUCAUUACAAAAUGGAAGGAGGCUCUCGAAAAGAUUGCUGAUAUGAAGGGCCAUGAUCUGCAGAAAACAAAAAUUGGUCAGGGUGCAAUCAUAGAGAGAGUUGUUUCAUAUUUUCUGGACUGGUUGAAGAAGAAUGAUUUAGAUGUGACUGACGGUUUAGUGGGCAUGGAACCCCACGUACGGGAGGUUAUGAAAAAGCUUGGUGUCAUCUAUGUCAAUGAGCAGGCAACCGGAGUAUAUGACAAAGAUGUACGUGUACUUGGAAUAUGCGGCAUGCCAGGGAUUGGCAAGACUACCCUUGCAAAGGCUGUGUACAACAAAAUCCAUCGUCUCUUUCAACGUUGUAGUUUUCUUUCAAUUAUUGGAGAAAAUGGUGCAUCCAAUGGACUCAUCAUGGGCCUCCAAGAACAGCUAAUCUCAGACCUCCUAAGGAAAGAACGUAGAAGGCUAGGAACUCUUGACGAAGGGACUAACGUCAUAAAAACUUCAUUUAGGGAAAUGAAAGUUCUCAUUCUCCUUGAUGAUGUGUAUAGUUUUGACCAAAUCAAGCAUUUAGUUAGGGAAUUCAAAUGGUUUGGCCCAGGAAGCAGGAUUCUCAUGACAGUUAGAAGAAUUGACGUUCUUGAUGGUUACCGAGAUGGAGUGGCUGAUAAGUAUGAGGUUGGAGAAAUGGGGCUUCGUCAAGCUCUUCAACUUUUCCGCAUGCAUGCUUUUAGUACUCGCGAAGAGGAGGAUGAGUAUGAUUCUUUGUCCAGAGAUAUUGUUGACACUAUUGGAGGGAUUCCUUUGGCAAUUGAAGUAAUAGCGUCAUACUUGCAUAAGGAUAAGGGGGAGGGGGAAAGACAAACAUGGGAAGCUACAUUUGAUAGCUUAACAAGGCCGCCAGAAGAUAAAUUUCAAAAAGUGAUCCAGUUAAGCUAUGACUCUUUGCAUGAAGAGACGAAAGAGAUAUUUCUCGAUAUAGCAUGUUUUUUCAUUGGAGUGGAUCAGAGAAUUCCCCCAUACAUGUGGCGUGCAUGUGAAUGUGAUCCAAGACGAAUCAAAAUUCUCCGUGACAUGAGUUUGGUCAAAAUAAGAGAAAACAACGAAUUAUGGAUGCAUAGUCAAAUAAGAGAGUUUGGCAAGGAAACCGUUAGGAUGCAAGAUCGCCACGAGCCUCAAAACCGAAGUAGGUUAUGGAAUCACACUGAUGCACUUUCCACGCUUAAUGGAGAGGAGGGUCCUAGUAAGGUGGAAGCCCUUGGUCUCACGUUUGAUAAGGGACAAAGUGAGUGUUCUAGAUGUGAAAGAUUUAGCCAUCUACGGCUCUUGAGGUUCUUGAGAUUGGACCAGGCUACUGUAGGAGGGAGUUCUGAGAAUGUUCUUUCAAAUUUAAGGUGGCUUGAUUGGCAAGGGUGCAGCCACAUCUCUGAACUACUUAUUUUCCAUAUGGAGAAACUGGUCAUUCUUGAUCUAUCUCGCAGUAAGGUCACUGGAGGUUCACAAGAAUGGGGACAAGUCCUGAAGAAGGCAAAGGAAUUGAAAGUUUUGAACCUAAGUAGCUGUCGCGACCUGAAUACUUUUCCAGACUUCCGUGCUUCAAUGUACUUAGAGAGAUUAAUCCUGGAACAUUGUUCGGCACUAUCCCAAAUUGGUCCAUUGAUAGGUAAUCUAAAGAAAUUAGUCUCCUUAAAUCUUAAGUUCUGCACAUUCAUCAGCGCCUUGCCGCAAGAACUGUGUCAUAUGAAAGAUUUGAAAGAACUUCUGAUUGAUGGAACUGCCAUUAGUGAGAUUGAUUUCAAACCAGCCUCCAUGGAGAAACUUAAAAUUCUGAGCGCUUGCCAAUGUAAACGUUUGGCUCAUAUAUCAGACUCUAUUGGUCACUUGGAAUCUCUUGAGCAUCUUCGACUGGAUGGUGCCGCUAUUCAUAGGCUACCAAAUUCUAUUGGAUCCUUAAAGAAACUUCAGAGCCUGCUUCUAGGAAAUUGUCGGAAUUUACCUCGGCUUCCUUAUUCCAUUGGGAAUCUCGAGUCACUGGAAGUCAUGGAUCUAUCAGGCACCAAGAUUGCUAGAUUACCCAGGUCUGUCAAGCAUCUGAAAAAUUUGAAGGUGCUGAAGAUGCGGAAAACUGACUUAAGAGAAUUCCCCAAAGAUAUAAAAAAUCUAGAACGGCUGGAAGAGAUAGAUCUUUCACAAUGCAGGAAUCUGAAGGGGCAGAUUCAGUGUGAUAUCAGUGAAUUAUCCUCUUUGAAGAUCUUGAGAUUAUCAUCUACCGGGGUUUCUGGCCUACCCUGGAGUGAUGGCAGGAUUUGUGAUGAAGAAACACUUUCAUUGCUCUCUUGUCUCCAACAACUAGAUCUAAGUGAAUGUGACCAAGUUCGGACUCUGCGAAGACUUCCAUCUAGUUUAAGCAUUCUUCGCUGGGGAUCAAAAAAAAUGAGGAUGAUGCCAGACCUUUCCUACUUGAGAAACUUGAAAGAGCUGUGCUUGGGUGAUAACUUGGGUGAUGUUACUGAUCCAAUGCAGAAUUCUUCCUCUGAGCCACCACAAAUUGGAUGGUUAACAAGACUAGUGAAUCUAGAAAUCUUGGAGUUGUGCCUCUCAAAGAUUACCACGCUACCUGAAAAUUUUAGUGAACUUCAACUUAGAAAACUUGUUUUGCACUACCCAAACUUGCUUGACCUCCGACAGCUACCCUCUAGCCUAUCAGUAUUGUGCCUUCAGCACUGCAAGAUUGAUGAUUCACAAUUUUCUAUGGUGAGAGGUCUAUCUGAAUUAGAACUCAAACACUGUCACUUGGCAGAGACUGCAGAGACUGUCACUCUUGGAGAUUUGGGGCGAUUGGAACUUCUGAAAAUAUCCAACUGCAAUGUGCGAGCACUUGAUGGGCUGGAAAUUUUGCCUCGUUUUAGAAGGCUCACUUUGUUCAACUGCCUUUCAUUGACCGGAUUACCAGAUCGAACAAAACGUACAUUUGAAAUCGAUGGGAAAAAUUUCCCAGAAGAACAAAUAGUCGGCAGUUAUGAUUCCGACUUAUGAGUGAAGAUCUUACUGCAGCAACGGAUAUCCGGUCUAUCUUCAAUAAAAAGUUGGAGGCUUUUCUGAAAGAUGCAUAUUGCUACUUUCUGCUGUCCUCGACUUGAACAUCUGUACAACUCCAUGAAGCACCAGUUGGUCUUUUUCUCUUUUGGCUAAAACAGUUCCUGCAGUCAAAUUUCUGGGUAGUGUCCUCUUCACCUCGUGGGCUUGGAACUUCUCUGUUGGAAGGCCUGACCUUGCGAGCUU